GUUCGCCUCGACAUAAACACUACUUUUGUCGUCGUCGUAGCUGGAGUUGAAUUGAAUACAUAGUCUGGACCCUUUCAGCCAGCCUCACAUCGACAACCUUUCACGUCGCGUCGAAUACAGGCAAACGGUCUGGACCGCUUACAUCGCCCCCGGCAACCUCUUUCAACGGCUCGAUCUUGAGCAACCUACUGCAGACGGGCAGCCGCGGACUAAGCAAUCGAAAGAGAUUGAUCGUCGCCGCUUGCCAUGAGUUCGCUCUUGCCAAACCAUCAUAGGAGUACGAGCGAUAGGUUGUUGAACAACUACCUAUCGUCUCAGAAACAACUCACUACCGCCCUCCUCACCCUCUUGUCCCACUCGCACUCGUCCACCUCGUCCCUCUUGGCCUACGUGACCUCUUCCUCUGGGGUCGCUUACCCCGUCCGUCGUUCCGUCCAGCACGCAGCCUUCGAGGGGCCUAUGAACCAAGACACGGGGGAGGACUACGAUAGCAUCAACGGCAAUGCCACCGAAGCCAAAUGGCAUGAAUACAUUGGCUCUCUAGAACACUUCCGUAAGGAACUCAAGGAGGUCCAUCUGCUCGAAGAAGAACUCUCUCAAGUGAAAAAGGACCGAGAGAUCCUCGUCUCGCGCCUGAUCAAGGCCACGAAAUCUCGACCUACCAAGGCCGACAUCGCCGCGGCCGCCAAGGCUUCCAACUCGCACGCCGGGUCGGAGAGCGGGAGGACGAGACCUUCGAAUUCGAGCGUCUUGAGUUUUGGGAGCGAUCACUCCAACACGACCGCGGGGGGUGGGAAGAGCAAACGAGCGGAAAAGCUCGCCGAGGCUCAGGCGGAGGUGCUGGGGUGUGAGGAGCAUUUGAGGGGAUUAGAGGUCAGGUUGGAACAGGAGCGGAACAAGGUCAUGAAACACGGGCUUAUGGAGAGGUUCAGGGCCAUGGAGGAUGUUGGGAGAAUGUGGCAACGUCAGGCCCGACUGGGUAUGGCCGAGCUCCAGAGCUCGAACGGAGGUGGUCACGACGGCCCUAUGCUCCACCCCAACGCGUACGAAGUCGAGUCCAACGGCUCGAUCGCCCCGUCUCAAUCGGCUUCCCAGGUCGGGUACAACUCUGACGGUGAACAGGAGCGCCGACAGAGGUCUCACGGUCGAGGUGGCCACGUCCCCGGGAUGGCUGGGAGCGUCACUGGCAGUAUCGCCGAGGAAGACGAGAAUUCGAGCAGCGAUGAUGAUGAGAACCUCGUUGUUCACGAGAACAAGAGGCCUGGGGUCGGUACGGGUGGCAACGAUUUCCGAAGCAGGAGUCAAUCGACCAUUGUCCCUACCGGAAACAACCAGAGCAGUGGACAAGGGGUACCUUCGAUUACCAACAUCAAGGCCAAACCCGUCACUCGUCGCCAAAACUCGGGAUCGUCCGGUUCGUCGGUCGCCCGAGGUCCGGGAAGGAGGACCCAGAGUGAACUGGGUUACAACCCCCCGCGUGCUCGUCAGAACAGGAUGAGCAUCAGGAGGACGCCUUCGCGAGGCGCCAUGUCGGACGCUUCGAGCGAUAGAAGUGUCGGUCGUCGUGGAGGUGGCAAGAAGAAGGGAGGGUUCUUUGCCAGUAUCGCCAAGAUUUUCAAGGGCAAGUCCGGGGGUAGCACCGCCGGGUCCACUCGGGGUGCGAGGAGGGGUGGGGCAGACUCGCCCCCUUUGACGCAAAGGAACACGGGUGGAUGGUCGACCCGAACGGAUGACAACAUCAGGCGGGCCGUCUCCAAUGCCGGGACUGGUCGGGGUGUUUCAUCGGGAAGGAGGACGAGGAACGCGGAUUAUUCCAGCUCGGACGAUGAGAUGGGUGGUGGCAACUUGGUCGCCGUGACCAACAGGGGGAACAACACUUGGAGCGUCGACAAUGCCGGUCGAAAGAACGGAGCAGCCGCUGCUACUCCUGCUGCUGCCGGUACGGUCGGGAAGACGGGCAAGUCCAGGUCCGAUUUGGGAGCGGGUACCAAGGCUAGGUCGAACAGCCAGAACACUAUUACUGGGACUGGAGGCAAGGUGACCAGCAAGCCUCCUGGUGUCGCCUCCCAACCGGUCUCUAGGUCCAACACGGUCAAGUCGACGACCUCUGGCGUCGGCGCUGGUUCCCAACGGACUCGUCACGGGAGCAUCACCCGGGUCGGAGCUCGAGGCAGCACGAUGGGUGCGCCCCCUUCGAUCGCCGGUGUUCUUGGAGAAGCCGUCCCCAAGGCUCCUUCAUCCGCUACCGCCGGUAGCAGGCCCGCGCAAAACAAGUCGACCGAGAUUCCCAAAGCCCCCGGUAGCUCGAUCGUCCCCAAGAUGGGCGAAAUCCCCAAGGCGCCCGGAAGCCAGGUGACCCCUCAGAUGUACAUGGCCACCGCGCCUCCUCCCAACAAGGCUCCACUCUUGCAGCCACCUCCUCCUCAGAUGUCCAAUUCGGCCUCGGCUCCGGUCGGGUUGAGCGACGGGUACGUGCCCAAGGCGGCUGCUUCUAGCGUCAGCAAAGCCAGCAAGGCAAGCAAGGCUACGAUUACCCCCAAGACCGCGCAACAGACCCAGCCCCAACAGCAGCAGCAACAAGCUCCCGCCCAGGUUACCAAGAGCUCGAGCGCUCUUGCUAGCUUGAACUUGGGUGCGCCUGUCGGCAUGUCGCAGGCCAACGAGUCGGUGGACAGCAUCGCCACUCGAGCCACCACUCCCUUGCCGCCAUCCAAGACCCUCUCGCCGCCUGCCAAGUCGGCCAUGAGGGCUUCUUCGCCGAUUCCCCAAGGGUCGCCCGUCUUCGAGGCCCCACCUCCCGCGUUCAUGAUCUCGGCUCCUGGCUCUGUCAUCAAGGAAAAGCCCAAGGAGGAGGAAGUCCCCGUCAAGUUACCCGAGCCUACUGUCCCAGCUCCUCAGGCGCAGCAACCUCGUGCUGAACGACCCUCGACCCCAGCUACCAUGACCGAUGCGGAUUCCGUGUACGAGUCUGCCGUCGAGGAGGACAACUCGGACAAUGAGCGACCCAACAACGCUAACACCUCGCAGACCGUCGCUACCAACGGAAAUGCUGAUGAUGACAACGAUGACGGCUCGUCCGUAGCGUCCGACAGCACUGCUGGACCCGGCCAGAGCAAGUACAAGGUCGUCGAGAACACCGAAGGUCUCGCCGCCAGGAUGAGGCAAGCUGGAAACGCCUCGGAGGCCCCUGUUGCCGCUCCCGCUGAGCCGGUCGCUGCUGCCCCGGAGAAGCCCAAGGAGGUCGCCAAGGACGAGUAUGUCACUCCGGCUGCCCCCUCGAUGACGGGCUCAGCUAUCGAGCGCCGAAAGUCCGUUCGCAUGAACGUUCCCCCUUCGCCUGGCACUCCCAUCACCGAAGGUCCUCCUGACUCGCCUACACCUGAGAGCAAGCGGGAGUCGGGAUGGUCGUCCAGGAUCGGAAGGACCGCGGAUAGUAGCGAUGAAGAGGACAAUGCCGCUUAUGCCAAGGCGAGGCGGAGUAUGAACAGGUACUCCAGCUUGAGCGCUUCGAAACCCGCUACGACGACGACCAGCAGCUCUAGCACCACAACCAAGAAGAAGAAGAAGUCUACAAAGGCGUAAUAAAAUAGGUUUUCAUUUUUCGGAUGGUCUCUCUCGAUAUUCUGCCCUUAUAUCGCCGAUUAUAAUGUACUCGUUGGAUGUGUAAUCAAAACUUGCUGUCCCUGGGUCGUCUGAAUCUUCUAUACAUGAAAAGAUUUGAAUCAGCAAGGCAGCAUAGCAGAAUGUCAUGCUUGACAAGGACUGGUAGCCUUUGUCGCCUAUCACCUAUGUACCUUACAACGCUACAACACUUCUUAC